AUGAAGAGCUGCAAUGGCUGCCUGUCAAGGCUGACAGCGGAUGAGGGCCAGGCGGAUGCAGUGCGCCAUGCAGACGGGCGGCAGGAACCAGACUUUGGGCGGCGGGGUGCCCUUGUUCUGGACGUGGCUGACGAUCUGCUGCGCGGUCUGGCGCUCGUUGCCCUGGCGCUUCACCCACUCGUGGAGCCGGGCCUUCUCCAAGGCCCCGUUGAAGAAGACGAAGAGCUCGAUGUUGCCGUUGAAGCAGGCCUUGGCCAACGCCGCCAGGUAGCCCAGCAUGUGGUUCCACUGCCCGCCGCUCACCCAGUCCGUGUAGAAGCCGCCGUAGAGCCGGUGCAGGCAGUUGUCGGCGUCGAUGAGGAGGCGCAGCGGGGUCUGAGGGGGCCGCUGGCGGCCCCCGCCCACGAGGCUGCCCCGGGCCAGUUUCUGCAGCUCCACGGGCACCACGGCGCUGGGGCAGUGCUUCUCGAUGUAGUCCUGGAAUCCCUGCACUCCCAUGGCGAGGACGGGCUGGGGGCGGCGGCGGGUGAGCGCAGGCCCGGCGGCGGGGUCUGGGUGCUGGCCGGGCGAUGGGCUGUGGCUGGAGUUGCGGGCGGGGUGGGAGCGGUGGAGCCGGUGGGGGCGCUGCUGCUGGAGGUGGCCGUUCAGGGGGGAGUUGUGUGGAUUAGUUGGGGGCUCAUGGCAGCUGCGGCCGCCAUGUGCUGCUCUCACAGAGCCAUGGCUCAGGGAUCCGGGCUGCUGCCGCUGCGGCUCCUACUGCCGGGGGGAGGGGGAGCGGCACCGCGCGCAGGAAGCCACCCCGCCGCCGCCGCCGCCUGCAGCAGGGAGAGCGGAACAGGCGGGACUUGGCGGCGGCGCCCGCUGCCACUCACGGGCCCGGCGCGCCGCGCACACAGUGGCCUCAGGGGCAGCACUUGGGGGGGCCGGGCCGCGAGCGCGCCCCACCGACCCGGCCUCUUCCACCGAGACGGCACCCUUGGUCUGCGGCUGCAGCACUCAGGCAGCGGGGCCUGGGCGGCCAGGCAGGGCUGUUGCAUAACCCAAGUGGACUUACAGAUCUCUUUGGAAAUCUUAGAUCUAAUUUGUGAAUUCCCAGGGGUCUGAACCACAGGUUGAAGACCACUUACCUCAAACUCUAAGAAUAGGGGAUAUAACAGGUAAAGUAUUCUGUACUUUUAGAAGUGCUUUUUUUUACACUUUUAUUUAAAGUAAAAAUAAAAACUGCUUAGUUUUUUGAACAUUGAUCAGAUAGAAGGAAAACAAAUCUUU